AUAGGCAGGCGCGAACAAUGAGUUGCAGUCCAGCUGCACCGAAGAGGGUCGCGCAGACGUCGGGUUCGCGAGCAGCGGCGCGCGGCCGAACGCGGAGCAGCCAAUUGAAUCUGGACCACUAGUCUGUCAAGGCGGUCUGUCACUUGCAUCUGACACUUUGAGCUACAAAGACACAUGUCGUCUCGUCAGCAAAGUUUAAGCAGAGGCUCCUUUCCCAGUCAUCAAGAACAUGUAUUUUGGAAUGAAAAGUAUUUAAGGAAGUGAAAACAAAACCAGGAUGUUUGCAAAAGCAACGAAGAAUUUUGUGAGAGAAAUUGACUGUGGAGGAGACUUGAUCCCCGUAUCUCGGCUCAAUAACUUGGACAAAUUACAGUUCCUGAACUUAGUGACAAAGAAGAAGAAAACCUGGUGCUGGCAGAAACCCAAGUAUCAUCUCUUAUCAGUCACAUUGAAUGAUGUGCUUGCUAAAGAUGAACCCAUAAAACCAGUGGUUGUGGAGUCUGAUUUUGUGAAGUACGAGGGGAAGUUUGAAGACUAUGUCAAAGGAAACAUUGAAACUUCAUUUGGGACGAUUAAUCUAGGAGCUGGAGGAAGAGGUGUUGUGGAAAGCCAGUUGUCAUUUGGAAAUCUGAAAAAGCAAGAAGCUGACUUGCAGAAGCUUAUGAAGGAUGUUGAGGGAAAGGCUGUUAAUCUGCACAAUACAUUGCUGCAACAAAUGCUUGAAAGAAAGCAUGAAGUUCUUUGUAUCCUGACAGAAAGAAUAGUAACAACCCAGAAAUGUUUAAUAUCUGAACAUAUUCAGACAGAAGAAAAAAUGGCUAGUAUGGUGGGGAUAAAGACAAAAGUUAUCAAGGUAUCAGUGAGUGAAAAUGGGAAUGUGAUAAAGGAUUCUAAUGUGAUCUUGGAGAUCCCUGCUCCCACAGCUAUUGCUUAUGCUGUAAUAGAACUUUAUAUAAAGCGUGACGGACAAUUUGAAUUCUGCCUGCUUCAUGACCAGGAGGGUGGCUUUGAAAGGGAGAGCAUGGAAGGACAAGCUUAUCAUUCUGCAGCUUUCCGAGAUGCUUUCUUCCCCCAUCUUCUGGAUGCUGUCGAUAGCGAGAAUCUGCCAGGCCCUGUCCCCAGUGAUGCCCCAUUAAGUGUUUUGAACAAAGAUGCCUUGCAGUUAAAGACCCAUUUCCAGCCCUUCAUGAAGCUAUCGGAGGAAAAGCAGGGAACUUUAUACCAACUACUCUGUGAUUUUUUGCUUCAGGAAGAAAUGGUGACUGAGCUGGAGGAUGUGCUGGACCAAAUAUGUACAGAAGACAAACCAGAACUCCUUGUAAUGGUGGAGUCAAAGCCACCAGUGCAGAAAAACAUAGAGGAUUUCUUACAGCUUGUUGGAAUCCGUUUACGGAGCAAACAGUUCCUGCAGAAGGACCCACUUUCCAACAAGGAGCUCCUCUUAGCGGCUCAUAUCCUCCUCAGUGCUAUAGCAGAACUGUCCGAUUAUGCGCUUGUCCUGCUUCGCGCCUGCUGCGAACUCCAGGUUGUCCCCGCUCUAUGUUGCUUGCCUAACGUGACCUCGGCGGAUGGCACACUAACACUUGCAGAUCCAGCACUAGCUCCCCUUGCUGACACCCAAUGGUUUCAGAUAGCACAAAGGCUGUUUGCUUUAUCAAACAUUAACCUUGAGAUGACCGAGUCUUGCAUAAAAGCUGUAACCAUGAAGAAACCCAGGUUUUCCCCAAUCAUUCUCUAUAUAGCAUUGUAUGGACUUCGUGCAUUAGGCUGUAAAACAGCUCAGGCUUGAAGCAGCGGCCUGGGUGGUUUAAUAGGAUAACUAACGGCAGUAUUUAAUAUCUGUCAUAAUAGAGUUGGACCUGGCUGAUUUGCAUCAUUACAGUGGGAACAUGGGCAAAUUGGCUGUGCCACUGGAGCAUGGCAGAAGUUGAAAUGGAGUGUAUAAAUGAAUAUAUUGAAGAGCCAUGCAAGGGCGAUUCAUCUGCAGUGCACAUAUUAAAACACAUCUUCAGUUUUUGUCCCCUCAGAGGUUAAUUCAGAAGCAUUUAUUUGUUCUAUAAGCAGCCUUUGCUUUAUUGCUUUGUUAGCAUUUGUAUAUGAGCAAAGGUCUUCAAACAGUGAGUUGGGACCUCUAGUGCAGGCAUAGGCAACCUUGGCUCUCCAGAUGUUUUGGAACUACAACCCCCAUGAUCCCUGACCACUGGCCCAGUUAGCUAGGGAUCAUGGGAGUUGUAGUUUCAAAACAUCUGGGGAGCCAAGGUUGCCUAUGCCUGAUCUAGUGGGUCUCGGCCUGAUCUACCGGCAUUGCAAAUAUAUAGUGAAAGAGUAGGAAAGGAAUCUCCAAAUGCAUGUUUCAGUUAAAAGCGAUCUUAGGCCUGAAAAGGUUGAAGAUCCCUGUACUAGAGUGUUUUGUUAUCCAGAACAUCUUUGUGGAAGGAGUCAUUUCAAAUCUGACCCAAUUCCCUUUCCUUGAGGAAGAGGUUGUAGCCACAUAUGCUUUGAGUGCAAAAGACCCUUGGUUUAAUCUCUGACAUCUUCAUGUAGGUGUUAGCAGAAAUCUAGGGGUGCAUAGUAUAAGGAAGCAUUGUGUAUUCGUCCUGCUCAUCUGUGUUCCACCCCAUCCUUUGAAACAUGCCCUAUGUUAACUGGGAUGGCGUAUUCAAUGUUUUACUCAAUAAAAGAGGGAAUUCACUCGUAUGGCUAAUCUAUACAUUUCUGUCUGGCCCCUCUUUGCUUCCCCAUUUUCUCAGCAAAGCAGUGAUGUUCAGUGGUGACAUUUACCCUACAAAAUGAUGUUCAGCAACAUUCCGUCACAGGCAUUCAGGAAAGGGCUAGGAAAACUUGCGAGGCAACCCUUUUUCCCAAUAUUAAAUUUAUUUCAUAUAUACAAAAAUACUUUAUUAGGAGUUAACAGGAUUUCACAGCUUUGUACAUUUCAACAAUUAUACAGAACAACAUAUGCCUUUAGCGUGAAAACAUUGAGGGAUUUUUUUUUUUUAAAAAAAAGUUACUGUAGUUUAGCUGAGUAGUACUUAGCCUUGUUCUAUGGAACUACUUUAGCAGUUAAUCCGAUUCCCCGUGGUCCAUCAGAAUAAUCUAAAUUGAUCAAUAUACCAGACAAUAUUUUUCUGAGAUUAGGCUAUUGAGGGACAUCUUACAAUUCUUAUCAACAAAAGUCCUCUUCGGGUGUGACUGCCUAGUGAGACAACAUGAACAGAAGGGAAGCGCAAGGCUGUGCACUUAGCUCUGUCUCUUGAGGCCAUGCAAUUCCUUCCAGCCCUUUGCACAAUUGAAAUAAACUUCUGCAGCGAGGAGCCUUGUUAGUUCCACUGAAGCUCCCCAUGAUACUGCAAACAUUGACUUUCCUGGUUCUCAGUUGUAUAGGAAGCCUCCAGGUACAAGUCUCCUCACCACAGAAGUUUACUUAAACUAUGCACAGCCUUCCUCUACCAAUGCUGUCUCUUAGGGCAAUAAGGCCUGGAGAGGACUAAAGUCCAAGGUUUAAUCAGAUUGCACAAAUAAUACAUAUCAACUUCAGUGCACAUACAGAAACUAAUAAGUGACAGAUGCUUCAUAAAAACCUAAAACGUACCAGCAACCUAAAUUAUGAAUUGUAUAACCUUGACAUAAUUCAAAGUUUUGGAAUAUAUCAUUAUAAAAUACAAAUAAUAAUAAUGUACAGUUGUGUAGGACUUGAAUAUAAAAAAUGCAUGUUAGUGGCAGUUGAUAUGCUACGUUAGUUUGAAUACUGAUGCCUGUACAAAGGUUUGUUUUUCCUGAUCAGUGCACUGCCCAUUUGAUAAAGCUUACCAAUUUUCUAGUAGCAUGUAAGAAUGGCUAUUUUAGGACAGCCUCAAUGACACAUUUCUCUUGUCUUUAAACUGAAAGAAGCAGGUUAAAAUUAAUUCAUGGAAGACUGAGCAUAGUUCUCUGCUGCAGUGCCGCCAAAACAACAGAUCUAACCUAUGCCUAUUCAGUAGGGAAAAUUAAGGGGAGAUUACUCUCCUAGCUGCAAUAAACUAUUUGUUUGUCUACUAUAGAGGCUGCACUAUAGCAUUCUACAAAAUAAACCCAUAGGAGGCAAAGCCCUUCAAUACUUUUUUAUAGAUCUUUUAAAUACAAAAAAAGCAAGUCUUCACUUACAACUAGAUUGUGGUCAACUGUUUUAUCCUCUCCAUAGCUGUUAUUUACUUAGUUUUUAUAACGACAAAGUUCCUCUUUAGCAGCUAUAGUCAUAACACUGAACUGUAAUUUCAAAUGUAAGCCAAACUAGUUUACAGCCAAGACAAAAGCUUCCGAUUUAAAUUUGGGGAAAUAUUUAAAAUUUGGAUCAGUGAUACCAAAACUGUGAUUAACUUCUCCAUGCUAGACCACACAACUUCCUUACGGCUUAUGGAAUGCUAUACCUUGCUCUGAGGUUAUAAAAAAAUAGGUACAGUACUCAAGAUCCCAAAUCAGCAAGUUUCAUACUAUUUCAUUACAUCAAGUAAUUUUGCUUGCCUGUUUUGUUUGUGUCUAGUAUCAUCAUUCCCAGGGUGAAAACCAAUAUGGAAUACCUAGUUGAUACCCAACUCUGUGCAUAUCUGUGCCUUUUGAAGAACGGAACAAGAUCAUCUUUCUCCCUUGCUCACAAGACUCCACUGGAGUUCUUGAAAGCAGCUGCCACUAUCCUCCCAAAGAUUCUACAGCCUAUAUAAAAUACAGUACCCAAGCUGACACACAGUUUCUUCUGCAUCUGUAGACAGUAUAAAAACAAAGCACUGAAACCCUGGCUAUACCACUGCAUCUCCCUUUUGCGAUUUCUAGCCCAUACAUUUCACUCAGACUUGAUUUUUUUUUAAAAUGAAGCCUUAAGUUGCUGGGUUUUCUUUAAAAAAAAAAAGUUCCCAGGAAAAACUCAUGUUUGGAAAUAUGUGACCCCUAAAGCAAGAUUUAGCAACCUUCCUGUAGUUUUCUCCAAGGUUAAAUGGCUUGUUUAUUCAUAGAUUAUCUAAAAAGAGAGUUCAUUACAACUGUAGCAAAGUUGUUAGCACAAGGCAAACAGGGCCUCACACUUUUAAGCAAAUGGAUCUGUGUUUUUGGCAUACACACCCAGUAAGUUCACAGGUCCUGCAUGGAUGACAAAGAGAUACAUGUACCUCUAAGGCAUAACUGCAUGGUGUGAAGUAAAAAAGGGAAACACUUGUUGACCCAAGAACCCCUAGUCUCAAUUUCCCGUGCCUUUGCCAUGUCCUGGCUCUACAUCCACCCUUUACUCGAUGAGAAUAUUUUAACACUAUAGCAGCUCUGUUGUUCAAAAGAUCAAGUAACCGGAUACAUACAAAUAAGCUGUAUAUAAGCUAAACUUAACUUUGAGUAGAUCUGAAUCAGCCUCAUCCAUAUUGUCUGCAAUCCUCAACAUUUUGGUGUGAAUUUUUCAAGUGAAAAAACUGCAAACAAAAUUCCAGUAUUCUUUCUAAGCUUAUGUACAAGUAUCAAACUCUGUAUCGCUCAAUGAACUGCAUAGUACCCAAGGAAUUCAAAAUAAAAAAUUUCUUUAAAAAAACAUAUAAGUUGGCUUAAGAUCUACAGUUCACUUUUAGAAGAUUGCCAGAUUUUUAUCCCUCAAUAAAAAGCUAACUCAAGAGACACUGAGCACAUAAAGGUGUUCCAGUUGUUUUCUACCAGACUUAUCUACUAUAGGACAUAUCCACCCAUCUUUCUAAUUCCUGCUGCUCCGUGUGACUUUAGACUAUGUCCAAUAGAGGCAGUCAGAUAAACCAAUGCUAUUUUUAUUGUAUAGGUGGCCCACAGCUGAACAUGUGCAGUUCAGUAAAUGAGUCAAAAAGUGGCAUGCCUCAUUGACAGCAAGCAAUUGUGUUUUGGCAGAAUUGACAAAUGGCUUCAUUGGGUAAUUAGUAUCAGUUGAGUUCAUUGGUGCUUACUCUCAGGUAAUGGAAUAUACACGUGAAGUUGCCUGCAUUCUUCUCACUUUAGAAGGGAGGGAAACAAUAUUUUAAAAACCCAACUUGAGCCCCUAAAAGCACAUAAUGUAGCAAGUGCUCUUUCCAGUAUCGUUUGGGAUCAUUAUGUACUGGAAGCUGCAGAGGCAAAUGGCUCUUCUGCCUUGGAGUGUAGCUACACUGGCAACAGUUCUCUGAGAGUUCAGACAAAAGUCUUUCCAGGACUACCUGGAGGUGCCAGGGACUGAACCUGGUAUAUUUGCAUGCAAAGCAGAUUCUCAACCAAUGAGCUGUGGCCCUUCUCUUAAAGAAGUACAAUACAGAGCACAUCGCCAUGGCACUGUCCUCAGAAGGAGGACUGGAAUUUUGGCUGCUAUUAUCUGCCUCUCCCCUCCAAACGUAUGAUAACAAUACACGGGCUCAACAUUUGAAAAUGCUGCAAGCUCAGCAUUUCGAAGUACAAGUACAGCAAAAGUUGAUUUAGUGGCACUGUGGUGUGGAAAGUAAAAUCACUUUUUGAGUAUUGGGGAGGAGCUAGCUCAACCCUCCUUUGGCAUCACAGUUCAAAAAGUCAGUUUAUUCUGCCUUCUUGAGAAAAGGCAUGAUUUCAUGUUAAACACAGUUGUUCCUAGAUCUGUUUCCUGCUGGAGAAUGGCAAUGACACAUGUUGUUUCAAACACACACCAGACCACAGUUGGACUCAAAGGAUCAACCCAUGGCUUGGCUACUGCUGCUCCUAAUGACACAGUUUAACCAGUUCUUCCAAAAUCUUCACAGUAGCAGUAUAAAAACUGCAUGUCCAGAGAGCUCACUAGCUCUCUCUCAAUGUGCCUGACUUUAGAGGCAGCAGUUAAGACAAACAUUAGUGUUUCCUAUCACUUUUCUUUUCGUCUACAGCCCCUGGGCAUCACUAUCAAUUUUCAGAGCUUGUGGGACUUAUAACCAACAUCUAAUUCCUGUUAAUUUUUCAUGAAACUCUGACCUAUUUGCUAGUAGCUCUUCCUGCUUUCCAACCAAAGUGAGCCAUACCCAUCCACUGUGCUAAAAGCAGAACAGAACGCUAAGAGGAUAGGGAGCAGAUUAUGCGGCUAUUAAGUCUUAGGAU